UUACUUCAAUUUAAAGAACUUCGCUCCGAACUAGAGGCUCUAAAGGAGCAAUUAAACUGCUUAAAAUCCACACCAAUUAUGACACCUGCCCCAUCACCUUGUUUACCACCCCCACCACCACCACCGCCUCCACCACCGCCACCACCACCAUCAACGAUACUUUCGAAUCCACUGAAGAUUUCAGUGAGAACCAAAACCAAUUCUAUUGACAAUUCUAGGCCUGUUAUAUCACUGGAUGAUAUACUGAAAGUAAAACUUAAGAAAACAUCUGAACGUUCCAGUUCCUUAACGCCGACAUCACGUCGCUCCUCCCAGCCCGUGGUCUCGAUGGACGUGCUCAGACAGGUGAAGCUGCGACCAGCAUCACGUCCCUCUUACCUCCGAAGCACUCCUGACACGGGGUCUACCCCGACAUCGACAAGUCCCCACUCCAGCCUCUGCAGGUUACUAACAAAUGACGGUUCAAUGUUUCGGUUGAAACGAUUGCGAAAAGUUGGUGGGUAUAGCUUUGAUUCUGUUCACAGGAGAAACGUCGUGAGUAAAAGGGAGAGAGACGUCAGCUGAGAGGGUGGUCACAGGCCAGAAUUUUGUGAUAUUUCUAGUUUUAUUUAAUGUACUAUUUAUACUGGGUGUUGUAAUAUAUUGUAUUUUUAAAACUUUUUAAAUUUUGUUGACUGGGCUAUUUUUGGCAGAGUUUUGUGUAUUUUAUGUGUCUUGUUCGUUUUCGCUAUAGUAUAAGAAAAUGUUUGUAAAACGGUGUAAAUAAAUCGUUUUUGUUAUACGAAUAGCGAAUCUCAAACAAAUAAUAGUAUGUUUCUAAUUAUUUACCAAUUUAUUUAUUGAUAGGAUAGGAAAUAUGGACAAAUAUAUUAACAUUUUUUUUAUAGUGAGGAUUUAUGCGUACUGUAAAUUAUAAUAAUAUUAAUAUUACGUAUGAAAACGGAAGACGAUCAAAUCAUUUAUAAGUUUCCUAUUUCUGACUAUAAAUUGUAGCAGCAACAUAAUAUUUAAUAUAUUUCAUUCAAAGAAAAAUAUUAACUCGAUGUCAAUUUUUAUCGAUCAUAUUUUAUGGAAGUUCCUCUAAACUGAAAAUGCAGUAAGUAC